CUUCAAAUUAUCGCGAUAAAUAAACAAAUCAAAGAAAAGAAACUCCCAAAACAGCGAUCUCCGAUUAUCUCUCCGUCGAGAAGUUCUCUCUGCUAAAGUGCAAGGCCACAAAACUUGAUCAACAUCAUCAUGGUUCGAGAAAAAGAUGUUUGUUGGGAAUAUGCUGAGAAAUUGGAUGGAAACAAGGUGAAAUGCAGAUUUUGCCAGAGAAUCUUGAAUGGUGGAAUCAGUAGAUUGAAGCAUCAUCUAUCCCGACUUCCAAGUAAAGGCGUAAAUCCAUGUAGCAAGGUGAGGGAUGAUGUUACCGACAGAGUAAGGGCGAUAAUAACGUCAAAGGACGACACUAAAGAACCUUCUGGUACUAAAAAGCAAAGGCCUGCAGAAGCCAAAUCUCCUGGACUUUUAUCUGUAACUAAACCUCUCGUGACUAUGGACGCGGUAUCUGCAUCUUCAGCUGCUAAAAUUUAUCCUACUGCUGCAUCGGUUGCCCCUUUCUCUUUAACUAGUCAAGAAAAUGCUGAAAGAAGUAUCGCGUUGUUCUUCUUUGAGAAUAAGCUGGACUUUAGUGUUGCUCGUUCUCCGUCCUAUCAGGUUAUGAUCGAUGCAAUAGAAAAAUGCGGUCCAGGAUUUACAGGUCCUUCAGCAGAAUUCUUAAAGACUAUAUGGUUGGAAAGGAUUAAGUCUGAAGUGAGCUUGCAAUUGAAAGAUAUCGAGAAAGAGUGGGCUACCACAGGCUGUACUAUCAUUGCUGACACAUGGACUGACAACAAAUCUCGAGCUUUGAUUAACUUUUUUGUUUCCUCGCCCUCGAGAACCUUCUUUCACAAGUCUGUAGAUGCAUCAUCGUACUUUAAGAAUACCAAGUGUCUUGCGGAUUUAUUUGAUUCUGUUAUCCAGGACUUUGGAGCUGAAAAUGUUGUGCAGAUAAUUAUGGACAGUAGUUUCAACUAUACUGGCAUUGGCAGCCAUAUUUUGCAGAAUUAUGGAACCAUUUUCGUAUCUCCGUGUGCUUCUCAAUGUAUAAACUUAAUCUUGGAGGAGUUCGCUAAGGUAGAUUGUGUGAACAGAUGUAUCUUACAAGCGCAAACACUGUCGAAGUUUAUAUACAACAAUUCCUCCAUGCUUGAUCUGAUGAAGAAAUUUACUGGAGGGCAGGAACUAAUCAAAACUGGUAUUACAAAAUCUGUGUCCAAUUUUCUAUCACUGCAGUCAAUGUUAAAGCAAAGAUCAAGAAUGAAGCUAAUGUUCAACAGCAAUGAGUAUUCUGCAAACACAUCAUAUUCAAAUAAAGCACAAAGCCUAGCUUGUAUAUCGAUUGUUGAGGAUGGUGAUUUCUGGAGGGCCGUCGAAGAAAGUGUAGCCAUCUCCGAGCCUUUUUUCAAGGUAUUGAGAGAAGUAUCCGGUGGUAAACCUGCUGUGGGGUCUAUCUAUGAAUUAAUGACAAGAGCGAAAGAAUCAAUAAGGACUUACUACAUAAUGGACGAGAGUAAAUGCAAGACGUUUCUAGAUAUAGUGGACCGGAAGUGGCGAGAUCAACUCCAUUCACCUCUUCAUUCAGCAGCUGCUUUUUUGAACCCGAAUGUUCAGUAUAAUCCUGAAAUAAAAUUUCUUGUAAAUAUCAAAGAGGAUUUCUUCAAGGUUAUCGAGAAACUACUUCCUACUCCUGAUAUGAGACGUGACAUCACCAAUCAAAUAUUUACUUUCACAAGGGCAAGUGGAAUGUUUGGUUGCAAUUUAGCAAUGGAGGCACGAGAUACAGUUGCACCUGGGCUUUGGUGGGAACAAUUUGGUGACUCUGCACCAGUGUUGCAACGAGUUGCCAUCAGAAUCCUGAGUCAGGUUUGUAGCACUUUUACGUUUGAGAGACACUGGAACACAUUUCAGCAAAUUCACUCUGAAAAACGCAAUAAGAUCGAUAAAGAAACCUUGAAUGACCUUGUGUACAUAAAUUACAAUCUCAAGUUGACGAGACAAAUGAGAUCAAAAUCUUCAGAAACAGAUCCGAUCCAAUUUGAUGACAUCGAUAUGACCUCCGAAUGGGUAGAGGAGACUGAGAACCCUAGUCCAACUCAGUGGCUUGAUAGAUUUGGUUCUGCUUUGGAUGGGAGUGAUCUGAAUACAAGACAGUUCAAUGCUGCCAUAUUUGGUGCAAGUGACCCCUUAUUUGGUUUAUGAUCUUCUUUAAUCUAAUUCCCAUAUGUACAUAGUUUCUACAGAAAUUGAUUGCAAGUUUUUCACUAGAAUGUUAGCUCUGACUGGCAAGUUACCAUCAAUGCAGCUCGAAAACAAAAACGCUGAAACGAGUAUUACCGUAUCUAAUGUUGUAUAUGUAAAUUCAAAAAUAGUUAUAAAUAUAGAGUUUCUUAGUUUUAAAA